AUCAUACCUAGAAGACAAUUGACUACUUGAAUUGGUUUUUAUAUCUGCUUAACAAAGUGCUUAUAAUAUUGCUUUUUGCCUCGUAUUAGCUCUCACAGCUCAAAGUAGCCUUGUCCUCCACUUCAGGGCCAGGCGCCAGUCGCAACAAAGAAUGAUGACCGUCAAACGGCGACAAUGCGACUAAACUGCAUCAAUGCAGGUCUAGUUGCUGCUACAACAUUAUUACGCUUCGCCAGUGGACAAUUUCCGAAUGCGACCUCCCAGUAUCUGAACUUGACGACAAUUACUUCUCCGAUUGAUCCCAAUAUAAAGAUCAGUUAUAAAGUGCCUCAUGGUGCUUGCAACACCGCGUUCGAGUCGCAAACCCAGUACACUGGCUGGGUAAGCGUUCCUGGCGACUUCCCCACCAAUACAUUCUUCUGGUUUGUCGGCGCACGAGAUCAGCAGGCAAACUCUAGCCUGACUAUCUGGCUCAAUGGAGGACCAGGAUCAAGUUCUAUGUUCGGCUUCUUCAGCGAAACGGGACCUUGUGAAGUGGUCGACGAUGGCACGGACGAGUUCACGACUAUAGCGCGAGAGUGGGGUUGGGAUAGAGCCUCGAAUAUGUUAUUCAUCGACCAGCCGAACCAAGUCGGUUUUUCAUACGACGUGCUUACGAACGGCUCCCUUAAUUUACUUACCAAUGAUAUCUAUAUUCCGCCCUCAGACAGACCGAACUCUAUCCCACGUACCGCCUUUCUAAAUGGCACCUUCAGCUCCAUGAAUACUAAUAAUACCGCGAACACGACCGAGACGGCAGCUGUUGCUAUAUGGCAUAUGCUGCAGGGGUUCCUAAGCACUUUCCCAGAGCUCAACCCCCCGAAGGACAAUAUCCUAGGCGUCAACUUAUUCUCCGAGUCCUACGGAGGGAAAUAUGGUCCGGCGUUCGCGAGCAAGUGGAAGGAGAUGAAUACCGCCCGAGGUAACGGCACCAUGUCCAAUGCCACUACCGUAGAGAUCCGCCUUGCAUCUCUGGGUAUCGUAAAUGGAUGCGUCGACGAUCUAAUCCAGGCGCCAUAUUAUCCCAUCAUGGCAACCGAUAAUUCGUACGGGUUCAGAGCCAUCAACUCAGUCAGAGCUCAACAGGCCAACGCCAGCUUCUACGCCAACAACGGCUGUCGCGACCUAAUUAACCAAUGUCGCGCCGCCGUCAGCGGCAAGGACCCGAACAACACCGGAUCGGACCCAGAUGUAAACAGCAUCUGCGAAUCUGCCUACACCAGUUGCACUAAGAAUGUAAUGGACCCGUACUCCGACGCCGGCCGCAGCGUCUACGACAUCUCCGCCGUGCUCCCGGACUCGUUCCCGCCCCGCCGCUACCUCGAAUAUGUGAACACGGCCUCCUUCCAAUCCGCCAUCGGCACGAGCCUCAACUACACCGAGACCAACACACAAGUAGCCGCAGUCUUCGCCUCAACCGGCGACUACGAGCGGGAAGCCAUGGUCCCCAAGUUAGCCUCCCUCCUCAACGCCGGCGUGCGCGUCGGCCUAAUCUACGGCGACCGGGACUACAUCUGCAACUGGCUCGGCGGGGAAGCCAUCUCCCUGGCCCUCGCCUCCUCCUCCCCCACAUACACCUCCGCCUUCCCCGCCGCGGGCUACGCCCCAAUCAUCGUAAACGACAGCUACAUCGGCGGCGUAGUCCGACAAUUCGGCAACCUCUCCUUCAGCCGGGUCUACCAAGCAGGCCACUUCGUACCAGCCUACCAACCCGCGACCGCCUUCCAGAUCUUCGCGCGCGUCAUCCGAGGCCACAGCAUCUCCACCGGCGAAAACAUCGAUCUGUCAAACUACAACACCACCGGCCCAUCCAACGCCACCAGCUCCCUAGCUCUCCCGCCGAGCCCAGAACAAACCUGCUGGCUCCGCGAUAUCCCCGGCUCCUGCAGCGACGAGCAGCAGAGCGUUAUUCUGAAUAAUAAGGGCUUUACUAUCAAUGGUGCCCUGCAGACCGGUGCUACGGCUACCACACCCCCUCCUGUUGCGACUGUCGUUGCCACGUCGACGAGUUCGGUUCCGCUUACGGGUUUAUUCACUGCUACGGCUACGCCGUCGAGUGCCGCGCGGGGGUUCGAUGUCGUCGAUUUGAGGUUGGCGGUUGGCGGUGGUGCCGUGGCUGCUAUGCUGGUUAUGUAGAAGUUGUAUUUUUACGAUGAGUAUGAUGCUAAUGUUUGGUAGGGUAGGGUUGUAGACACCUGAGACUCGGGUGGUUUGUAAUUAUGGGAUCCUGUCUGUUGUCCGGACUAGUAAAUACCUGUACCUGUACCUAAGUAGCGACCAGCGAGGUAUUGGUAGUUUUGAGAUGCAUUCGACUUUGGUAUUGUAAUCAUAGCACUAGCCAAAAGAAAUAGGAGCUCUGCUCGUUGUUAUGAAUAUAUAUUGCUUGUUACUAUGCA